AUGGAGUCGAGGAGUAACAGUUGCUUCCUCGUAUUCCUCAUUCUUCUGUGCAAUGUACUGGCAAGUGGAGAGCAUCAUCACCUUCGACACGAGGCCGGCGCUGGCUCGAAUAACGACGUUGAACAUCAAACGUUGAAUAUUGACAGCGAGCAUAAACUGAUGCUCGAGUGCCAACACUCGGACUAUCGCACCUACAUCAAGUGCCUCAAACGCGAGAAAAGGCAGCAUCACGGUGGUCUUGAAAAGCGAGCCUGCCUGGACGAGUGUUUCGAAAUAAAAUGCAACACUUCGGCCUGUCUACGUGACUGCCACGCGCGCUGCAAGAGGCGCCUAAUCGAGACUUACUCCAAAACCGUGGAGACAUACGACUGCGCUGACGGCUCGUGUUCGGAGUCGAGCUCGCAACAUCUGCCGAACAUCACGACGAACAUACACAUCAACAACGUUUUACCAAAUGGCACCAACUGUGCUGGAAAUCAUUCGGGCGGACCAGGUGGUUCUGGUGGACCGGGUGGCAAUGGCACUGACAAUGGCUGGGGUAAUGGCGCUGAGCCAAAAAUUAAUAUCAACAAUGUGAUCAAUAACGUUGGACCUGGACCGCCCUCGAACUCGGAUUGCCCUUGUCCCGCAACUGGGUGCAACUGCAAUCCGUUUAGCCCUUGGCAAGCAAUGCCGCAGAUUACUAUUGGAUUUGGUCCAGGACCCGUCGGAGGCUGCGGUUUUCCUAUGAGUUGGCCCUGUCUACAGAGAUACCCGACUCCACCCGUCGACUGCUCGAUGUGCUCGAAUCCAUUCUUGCGUUAUCAAUGUAGUGCAGCGUGUACACCUGCAGUGGAACCGCGGAAAAAUGGCACAGCCAAUAUAGCGCCACGGUCUAAUGCGACGUCAGCGAACUAUUGGAAUAAUGGCUCUAGAAGAUUUUAGCUUGGAAUAUGAAAAGAUCAAUCUAUAAUCAUCUAUUACUGUAUGCUUUCGAUCGA